CCCACCCGCCCGCGAGUAAGACUCUCCAGUCGCUCAGCCUCAAACCAACUCUCUCUACUGUAUCGAUGAAGUUGUUUCAAAGAUGGCGGAUUUCCUGCCGUCCCGGUCCGUUUUAUCUGUAUGUUUUCCCAACUGUAUCCUCACGAGUAACGAGGCAGAACAAUUAAGGAAAUCUAAAGAGAUAGACAAACGUAUUUCGCGGGAUAAACCGUACGUGAAACGGUUGGUGAAGAUUCUCCUACUCGGAGCGGGUGAAAGCGGCAAGUCCACUUUCCUGAAGCAGAUGCGCAUCAUCCACGGCGAGGACUUCGAUCAAAAGGCCAAAGAAGAGUUCAAGGCCACGAUUUUUAGUAAUGUAAUUAAAGGGGUGCGUGUGUUGGUGGAUGCCAGAGAAAAGCUCCACAUCCCGUGGGGAGAGGCGUCCAACCAGAGGCACGGAGAGACCAUGAUGGCGUUUGACACGAGGUCGGCCAGGAUGGCCCACGGCAUGGUGGAGACCAAGGUCUUCCUGCAGUACCUGCCCUCCAUCCGGGCCCUGUGGGCCGACACGGGCAUCCAGGACGCCUACGACAGACGCAGGGAGUUCCAACUGGGGGAGUCUGUGAAGUAUUUCCUGGAUCAUCUGGAAAAGCUGGGACAGCCGGACUACCUACCGACUCAGCAGGAUAUUCUCCUGGCCCGUAAGCCCACUAAAGGUAUCCACGAGUACGACUUUGAGAUCAAGAACGUUCCAUUUAAGAUGGUGGACGUUGGGGGUCAAAGGUCGGAGAGACGGAGAUGGUUUGAGUGUUUUGACUCUGUCACCUCCAUCCUCUUCCUCGUCUCCUCUUCAGAGUAUGACCAGGUCUUGAUGGAGGACCGUCAAACCAACCGUCUCAGCGAAUCCCUCAACAUCUUCGAGACGAUCGUCAACAAUCGUGUUUUCUCCAACGUCUCCAUCAUCCUGUUCCUCAACAAGACAGACCUUCUGGAGGACAAGGUGCGCUCCGUCCCCAUCAAGGACUAUUUCCCAGAGUACCCCGGGGAGCCACACAGCCUGGUGGACGUACAGAGGUUCCUAGUGGACUGUUUCCGGGGGAAGAGGAGGGACGUGACGCAGAAGCCCCUGUACCACCACUUCACCACGGCCAUCAACACGGAGAACAUUCGCCUGGUGUUCCGAGACGUCAAGGACACCAUCCUCCACGACAACCUAAAGCAGCUGAUGCUGCAGUGAUCGCAGGGGGGUUAUGACCUUUUUCAAGUCACCUUUUGGCCUUUAACCCCCCUGUGACUCCUCACCGUGACCCACUGACUUGCUGUGAUUGCAGGGUGAUGAACAGAGAGCAGAAGAGUUGUUGUGUUACACUGUGUCACUGCCUUUUAAGUCACCUUUUGGCCCUUGACCUUUAACCCCUGCGAGCCCUCACCUUGACCCCUGAUCUCCAGUCACCUCUGGUGCAGGCUGUCACCUAUGACCCUUGACCACUGAACCCUGUUACCACUUCUAAUGGCCUUGUACCUGGCAGUUCUAUCCCUCCCCCCUUCUAAACCACUGUAAAUGAGCUCUCCCAAUCCCUCCCCUCACACACCCCUCUCCUCUCUGUAAUGGACUAUUCCAGAGUCUGUAGAUAUGUUGAUGUGUUCUGUAGGAUGAAGUUGCCCUCAGACUCUGAUCCUGGGUCACUUUUUAAUUUCCCCCACUAAUGGUUAAUGACAGGAUAUGGGGAGGGGAAGCUGGUCCUAAAUCUGUUGUUCUAUAUUACUAUAUUCACUCUGUUGGUUCACUCUUAACUCUCCUGUCUCACUCUGUCACAUUGUAACCUGUCUGAGAAGCCCAGACCACUGCUGGAGGUUAGCGGUCAAGGGUGAGGGGACAACUGGCCUUUCUGUGUUGGAGGGAGGAGUCAAAGGUCGUCACCCACGGCAACCAGGGAAGAGGGGAUGGUAAACGCUGUAGAACAAAAUAAUGAUGAUGAUGAUGAUGAUGACUGUGUUUUACUGGCGUCAGCCUGUCGCUAUGCACCUCCACUCACACCUGCCCUGAACUGGCUUGAUUCUACACUUCCUUUUCCCUCAGAGCCUGAUUAUGACAUCACCGUUAUUAUGACAUCACCCCCCCUCCACACACCAUUCUGACAGCCAAUCAGUGUCACUAUCUGUAUGUGGAACCAACUGCAGCGGAGAGCUUGUUACUUGUUGUUGUUGCUGAGGGGGAAGUUAAAGAGUGGGGGGACUUUACAACACUGUACUAAAACUAAUCCUUAAUGAUUCCACAAAUAAGCCUUUUACCACUGUCUGAUGAUGACCUAUCAAACAGAGCUACACACACACACACACACACACACACACACACACACACACACACACACACACACAACCUGCCCAUAGAGACUCUUCUGACCUGAUCCUGGUCUUACUGUUUGGAACUUUUUACUUUUUUUUGUCUCACAUAGAUUUAUUCUGAAUAUAUGUACCUAAACAUUGUCUUAAGUUAUAUUUGAAAGGUUUUACACAAGUUUGAUUUACACCUGCUGAUGGGCAGUGAGUGUUAAAGGCUAUGGAAGAGGGUGUGUGAACACACGCUCAGACAGACUGGCUCGGACAGACCAGUUGAUAAACUACUGAGCUAAUUCUCAGGAUACAUUGUGGACCACUUAUUUGUAUAUUUAGAGCAAUGAUGUUCAUUUGCCUAAGUCCUAAAACACACACACACAGACAGACGGCUGUCCAUCAGAGGCUGGUCGUCUAAACAACUUGCCGGCCAGCUGCAUCCCCUCUUCCAGUCCUUUUUUUUCUCCCCUCUCUUUCUGUCCCUCUCUCUGUGUUAGUGUAAGCAAGUGAUCAGCCUUAUAAACCCUGCGGAGGCUCAUCCUAGAGGGAAGAGACAGUGAUCAGCCUUAUAAACCCUGUGGAGGCUCAUCCUAGAGGGAAGAGACUGAUCAGCCUUAUAAACCCUGUGGAGGCUCAUCCUAGAGGGAAGAGACUGAUCAGCCGUAUAAACCCUGUGGAG